GCCCUCCCGGCAGACAGAGCCGCCGCCGCCACCGCCGUGACCGCAGUGCCUCGCUCGGGUCGAACAUGAUGCUGAUGCCCGGCGCCAGCCCGUAUUCCCUGCCGUCUGCGCUGGCGGCGACCGGCAGCCCUGCGCUGACGGACUCGCCGGGCGUCUCGCAGAAGGACACCACCUUCACCAAGAUCUUCGUCGGCGGCUUGCCCUACCACACGACCGACAAGUCGCUGCGCGAGCACUUCGAGGUGUACGGCGAGAUCGAGGAGGCCGUCGUCAUCACGGACCGGCAGUCCGGCAAGAGCCGCGGCUACGGCUUUGUAACGAUGGCGGACAAGGCAGCGGCGGAACGCGCGUGCAAGGACCCUAAUCCCAUCAUCGACGGGCGCAAGGCCAAUGUGAAUCUGGCUUACCUGGGCGCGAAGCCGCGCGGCAACCUACAGGCUGGUGAGUGGGGUCAGUAUGCCGCCUUUCUUUCUCUUCUCUCUCAUCUCCGUUUGUGUGGUCGUCUGAGUUGGCUCUCGCAGGGGGCAGCACCGUCGGGCUCAGAAUAGUUCACAUCAUGAACUCGGCGUCAAGGUUUUGAGCGUGGACGGGCGACCGUUUUCAACUUAUCACAAACGACACAAACCGAAAUGAACCAGCAGGAUUUUCGAAAGGGUUCGUGUGGUUAGGUCGCCUUGAUAGCCUUCAUAACAGGACGUCCAGCGUACGUAAUUAAGUUGGGCUGGGACCAGGAAGUAUUAUUGUUUUUUAGGCACACUUUUUGGUGGGUCUUAAGGGGCCGAUCCAAGCUCUUACUGGACCGCGGCUCCUCUUGAGCCGAUUAGAUAAACUUUUUAGUUUUGACAAUACGAACGGUACCAAAAGAGAAAUGGGCCCAGUAGCACGCACGGCGUGCCUCCGCGCCCAUGUCAAGGGGUGCUCAUCUCGAGCAGGACACUGGCCUGGGCGUGUAGGGGUAAACAAGGGAGAGACGAGGAAACAUAUAUUCAGACAAGCCCUGGAAGCAUGAAAAAUGCUCUAAAAACAUUAAACACGCGUUUAGAGCGAAAAUGUGAUGUAAAUUCUUUGGUUGGAGGAGUUCUUAGAAGCCCCAAUUUUUCACCUUUCUUGGACAGGGUGUGAAAAUAAGUACACAGAAUGAAUGCCCCUGAAUAAGGCUUACAGUUAGAGAAAUUAUGACGAAAUGAGAGGCUUGCGUUGUUUUAUUGUCGUCACCCACAUACCAGCCCAAAACAGCCGACCUUCCUAUGCAGUACAACGGCCGCUUCCAGCAUCAGAGCUGCAGCAGUGACGUCACGUGACCAUCAUGUGACUCGCACCAGCCGGCCGUUGGCCGUUUGUUUGCUCGUGUUUCCUCAGCGUCUGACACAGCUUCACUGUCCCAACGGGCACAAUUCGCCAGCUUUCUUAUGAUUCUUUACAGGACUUCGUCCUGGUUUCCUUCUUUUCUUCUUCUAAAAAAAGGACUUCUAGUCAUUUUACACAGAACAUUCGACAAUGCCCGGAAGGUGCUGCUGAGCCCCUGGCGAAAAAUUCGCAGGAAUUUGAUGAUCCUGUGCUAUCGCUGCUACAUGCGCGUGUUUUCGUCUUCUCAUUGACGGGCUGUCCACUGUGCAGAGCGCUUCAAGUCAUGCAAGCGGCAUCGUUUUUGACACCAUGUCGUUUUUCAGUGCAAUUUUUCUGAUACAGUAGAUUGGCACGCAUUUGCCUGCAUCCGUUUCCAUUUAUGACAAUUCCGCACGCCGCUGAGAUCAAGCCAAGCCCAGCUCCGGCUGGCUGAUCCCAGCUCCAUUUUGGGCCAUAGACGCUUGUGCUAACUCCAUGGUCCAUUCAUCAGGGUUGCGCGUAAUCUUCUCAAGAUGACUGGUGG